AUGGAGGUCAGGUACAACCAAGACAUGGACGGGAUGGUGCUGAAGAACGGACUGAAGGAGGCCAAGGAGGGGAAGGCCCCAGGCAGCCUGGCCAAGAGCUUCCUUAAGGAGCAGCAGGGCUCCUUCUCCCCUUCGGGGACCGUGGAUACCUGCGACAAGAGCCGGGGGGGUUCAGGAGACCCCGACUACUGCCGCGGAUACUGGUCCGAGGUAAGAGAUGCUAAGGGUUCCAUCCGUGAGAUUAUCCUUCCUAAAGGUCUGGAUCUGGACCGGCCCAAGCGGACCCGGACCUCGUUCACGGCCGAGCAGCUGUACCGUCUGGAGAUGGAGUUCCAGAGGUGUCAGUACGUGGUGGGACGGGAACGGACCGAACGCCGGCAGCUCAACCUGUCUGAGACCCAGGUACCCUAG